UUUUUUUAAAAAAAAAAGAUAUUUCGUGCGAACAAGUUUGUUUGUGUGAAAUUAAUGGCGGUCGUCGCCUAUACGUUUGUCCAUACAAAAAGGGCGUUGAGUUCCUGAAUUCAUCAGCAACAUCAAAUCCCUUAAAACCCUAAUUCGGAAAUUUUUGAUACAGAGAAAAGCUAUGGGGAAUGUUAACUGUGUAUUCUGCGGCUGCAUAGAACAGGCGAGCGUUGGUGUGGUGGAAAAAUGGGGACGUUUUGACAGAUUAGCAGAACCAGGGCUCAAUUUCUGGAAUCCCUUGGCCGGAGAAUGCCUCACUGGAACUCUCUCCACCAGGAUCAAUUCUCUUGAUGUCAAAAUUGAGACCAAAACCAAGGAUAAUGUCUUUGUUCAAUUGCUGUGCUCAAUCCAAUAUAGAGUGAUCAGGCAAAAUGCUGAUGAUGCUUUCUAUGAGUUGCAAAAUCCUACAGAGCAGAUUCAGGCUUAUGUAUUUGAUGUUGUUCGAGCCCAUGUCCCCAAAAUGAAUUUGGAUGAGCUUUUUGAGCAAAAGGAUGAAGUUGCUAAGGCUGUUUUGGAGGAACUUGAGAAGGUGAUGGGUGCGUAUGGAUAUAAUAUCGAGCACAUACUGAUGGUUGACAUUAUUCCUGAUGCUUCUGUGAGAAGAGCUAUGAAUGAGAUAAAUGCAGCUCAAAGGAUGCAGCUUGCUAGUGUAUACAAAGGAGAAGCAGAUAAAAUUCUGCAAGUUAAGAAAGCAGAAGCUGAGGCUGAAGCCAAGUAUUUAGGUGGGGUUGGGGUUGCCAGGCAGAGGCAGGCAAUUACCGAUGGUUUGAGAGAAAACAUCUUAAACUUCUCACAUAAAGUAGAAGGGACCUCUGCCAAAGAAGUAAUGGAUCUUAUAAUGAUCACCCAAUAUUUUGACACCAUCAAAGACCUUGGGAACUCUUCAAAGAACACAACCGUUUUCAUACCACAUGGUCCUGGCCAUGUUCGCGACAUUGGUGAUCAGAUACGUAAUGGCCUGAUGGAAGCAGCUAGCGCAAAGGACGCUGAAUAGGUCUGCUCGUUUUAACGAUCAGAAGCCUGUGUCUGUUGUACCCAAGAAGGUUACACAAUAAGAACAAUUGGAGUUUGAUAGUUUUGGUUUGGAUUGUUUUUGUUUUCUCUUUAGCCAUGAGCAUUGACAUUGGCAACAUUGUUUGAUGUUGUAUAGCAAAAAUAAUAAUAAAGAAGUUUUUUUUAAAAAAAAAGAAUAGAAAAUGGAGGAAUAUCAGAAAAUGUCUGUAAUUUGUAUAUUCACUUUCAGGUGCUAUAGUGACUAUUAAGAGGGCCAAAUCAAA